AUGGAAAUGAACUCAAAUCAAGUAAACCACACACAUACGCGUCAAGACGCUCGCGAUGCCUCACCGAAACCACCUCCGCAACCACCACCGAUAACCAAUGGUAACCCAAAAUUUAUUCUCCACUCACAGAAAGAACCUUACGAUUUUGUGGCGCACAGGUGUAAUGCUAAACCUACCAACACCAUCGAAUCAGCGGGACACCUAAUAAAAGGCUGCCUUGGCGGAGGCAUACUUGGCAUCCACGAAGCAUAUAUGAAGUGCGGCCUAUGGACUUCGUUGUUCGUCACAAUAAUUUUCGGCUUCUACAUCACGUACUGCGUGCACAUUUUAGUGAAAUCGGCUCAAACUUUAUACAAGAGGCUACAUUUACCAGAAAUGUCUUAUCCUGAUGUCGCCGAGGCGUCCUUAGAAAUUGGGCCAUUCCCUAGAUUAAGGAAAUACAGUAAAUGGUUCAGGUACGCUGUAGACGCAGUGAUAUGCAUAGACCUGUUCGGAGCGUGUUGCGUUUAUCAGAUCAUCAUAGCAAAAACCAUUCAGCAGCUGAUCGAGAACAACGACGAAAUGUCUUGGGAUAUCGAUCGCCUGAGACUCUACGUGUUAGCUCUUUUGGUGCCCAUACUUCUGCUCUGCAUGAUAACUACACUAAAGUAUCUUGCACCGUUCACGCUUUUGGCAGAUUUGUUUAUUGUGGCAUGCGUGAUAGCUACAGUGGUAUAUAGCCUUAGAGUUGCGCCUGAGAUUUCAACGGUGCCCGCUUGGAAGGACGGAUUGGGAUUCUUCGAAUUUUGUGGCAUCGUAGUAUUUAGUAUGGAAGGAAUUGGAGUAUCCUUGCCCAUUGAAAACAACAUGAAAGAUCCGAAACAAUUUCCUAAAGUACUUUGUCUAGGCAUGAGCGUGGUAGUUUCCUUCCUUAUUCUGGUGGGAUUUUUUGGUUACUGGGGCUUCGGAGAGAAUUCGAUAUCACCUGUGACUUUAAAUUUACCAUCCGAAACCUUCCCCACAAUCCUGAAAUGUCUUAUGGCAGUUAUGAUUUUCAUUACCUUUGCCUUAAACUUCUGGGCGCCUUUCAACCUUGUGUGGCAUUACGUUUCGAAGAAACACGACCCAAAAAGGCACUGGCUCUGGGAAAGGAUCUACAGGGCCAUAUUCAUAGUCGCCAUCACUUCAAUUGCUGUAGCAUUUCCUAAUAUUGGUAAUUUAAUGGGAUUGCUGGGUGCAUUCUGUCUGUCCAAUAUGGGAUUCAUAUUCCCAGCAAUGAUAGAACUUCUCGUGAUUUGGGAAGAACCGGGCCUUGGAAAAUUCAAGUGGCGUUUGUGGAAGAAUGUUUUAGUUAUGCUCGUAGGCGUAUUGUUAUUCGUAGCGGGCACUUACUCCAACCUUAAAGGCCUAAUAUCAAAUAUA